GUCACCUGGUCUCUCAGCAGCUCUUCCGUCUGCAGGAACCGCUCGGCCCAGGUCAUAUCGCUCCCCGACAGGCGACAGGGUGGUUUUGUUCUGCAGGAGAAAGGCCGCAGGAUGUGGCUGCUCAAAGGCAUUAGAAGUGGCUUCCUGCCUCGGGAAAUUAUCACCAAAAAAAUAAAAAAUAAAAAUGAGACAAGCCUCUUGUUGUGGGGCAGACAGGGGCGCACACUACCCCCUCACGCAUGCACCAGGUUCCCCACACACUGAGCUGCAGUCUCUUGUCAAAGGCAGAUGUGAGGAUUUUCAGCACAAAUGCAAGGGGCUGAUGACUGUAGUGGCUGAGCCCAACACACAAUGCAGGGCGAACAAUAGCUAGAGAUUCAGAGCUUCAAAUGUCUUUCACAUGUCAAAGCCACAAAAUCAUGUUUCUAAACCUGACAAAUGGGAGCUGCCAUCUUCCCCUGGAGAUAGACAGAGCUGGUCUAACUUACAUUUAUAGCCUGGCCUUCUCUCUGGGUCUCCCAUCCAACCUGCUCUCGCUGUGGGGAUUAUACCAACUGGGCCGCUCAGGUGGGGGUGGCUGCCAGCUUGUUUACAUCCUUAACUUGUUGCUGUCAGAUCUUCUUCAGUUGCUGACAUUGCCUCUGUGGAUCCUAUAUCUACAAGGAGCUCACCACUGGCCAUAUGGUUCUAUCACCUGUCAGCUAGUUGGUUACGUCUUCUAUGUGAACGUCUACGCAAGCGUUUUCUUCCUGUGCCUCAUUGCCCUGGACCGUUUUAUGGCCAUCGUCUACCCUCUAAGCAGCCGUGGUCUGAGAAAAGUGCAGCUCGCUGCACUCUCAGGGGUAGUAGUUUGGACCUUUACCUUUCUUUUCUGUCUAAUCGGCCUGUACCCAUCUGUGUUUGAGCCCCAGCAUGGCUUGUGUCUGGAGCAGUAUCCUGUCAGCCCAAGAUAUGCCUACUUUAAGAUAGCCACAGUGGCACUGGGUUUUCUGAUGCCCUGCUCUAUACUGGGGUAUACUUCUGCCAGAAUUGGACUAACACUCCGCAACUCCCCUUCUGUCUCCGACUACGAGCGUCACAGAAUCAUGGGUACCUUGGCAGUCAUCACUAUUAUUUUCAUCGUGGUCUUUGGUCCCUACCAUAUGGUCAGUGGAUACAGGUUUGUAGCACUGCUGCUAACAGAAGACCAGUGUGCCCUGGAGCGCUCUGUCUACCUGUGGUACCGAAUCUGCUAUGGACUCACCAGUCUAAACACCCUACUAGAUCCCCUUUUCUAUGCAUUCCUCUGUCACGAUGCACGCCUCAAUCUACGCAGGUCACUCCCCUGCUUCAGAACGCCACCCCCCACCUUGCCCACCCAGGCCUGAGGUUCAUGACCUUUGAUCCAAAAGACCAGCGAACUUGUAGAGCAAAUGUCCCCAUGUGCAGAUGUUAAUCUGUACUGGCUCUUUUCUGGAAGGCAGGUUUUUAUGAGAUGACGUUGAUGCAGCUUAUCAGGUGUCUUUGAAGAAUGACCUGUCAAGGUUACGAUUGCAUCGGUCUGCUCGUUGGGACUGCUGGUAUGUAGGCUGUGUGGGCUCUGUUGUGCACUGAUUUUUGUUCACGGUCAGUUUUUGUGUGAUGACAGCGUCCUCAGCUAGGCAGCCAGCUGUUGCAGGCAAUGGAGACUAACGGAUCAAAAACAUAUCAUGCCAUAUUUAACAUUUCAGUAUGCUUAAAUUGUUCAGGUAUAUAGAAUUUUGUGUUCAAUAUGAGUCCAAAAGUAGCCAGCGGUCUAAAAGUCUUUUUUGUGUGCGUAAGCAAUGAAGCUUAUGACAUAAUUGUUUGGGACUUUAGUUUAUUUUGCUGCUACAGCAACUGUAGUUGCUUUAUACUGGUGUAUACUAGUCAUUAAUUAUUAGCAAAACUUCAAUGUCUACUUUGGCUGUUCGCAGCCGGCCAUUGCCUGUUGAGGUUAUAUACAUAAGUGUUUUUCUUUUUCACUCUCUCUAUACUAGUCAAGUAGUUUUUUGAAGAAACAGUCUCUUUGUAGCAACUAUACUUGAAUAAAGGUUUCCAGAGCUUGUGUAUCAACUGACAAACAUAUAUAGUUCAUUUUAUUUUAUGCUUUUAUACAAGGUAGUGUUCUGAAUUCCAUUUCCAGAGUCAACAAGCAAAACCCAAGGUCUGUACUUUGUAUAAAUUCAAGCUUGAUAAUUAACAAAUUAGAGAAUGAGUUUGUCAGGUCUGCUAGAACAGGAAAAACAGAAACCUUCCCAAAAAAGCAAGUACCCAGAGUUGGAGAUGAAUCUCACUUACAUAACACCUUCACUAUGCACUAUUAUGAAUAUUUAUUUAUUCAAAGCGCCUCUCAAGUGGAUAGGUAGGCCCUACAGCCCAAAGUGUCCCAUGUACAACGUGUGUAGGUAAUCCUCCAGCUGUUGAUCACAUGGUCCGUUUCUGAGCACAGAACCUCAGGUGCAUUGAUUCGGGUGGCAGACCACUCUCAGGCCAGCAGUAGCUCUAGCAGCACGGACACACUCAUACUAAUGCAUAACCUGCUACCCUGACAAUACCAUGUCAGCGUUGUGAAUGGACUGUCCUCCCAGUAAUAGCCUGUCAGACGUGGCUGAGUUGCCAAAGACUGACCAGUGACGAGUAUGACGGAGAACAGCACCGAAUGGUCUAAAGUAGCAAUUAUACACCAGUAAAAUGCAUCUGUGUGAAUAUAAAAAAUGGUCAGUGAUUGUGAGCACAAGGUACAUGUUUCUAACAAAAUAAAUACAUACUCAGUAUGGACAUCCAAGUAUGACAUCUACAGGACAACGUGUGCCUCUCCGAGAGAGACACAGUAGAAUAUUAUGCUUGCACUACUUUUAUUGGUUUAUUAGAAAGUGGCUGGGAAUAUUUCCUAAUUACAAUUUGUGUAAUUAUAGGAAAAUCACCUUUUGGAAAGGAAAGGCUAAGAUUUACAUUUGUAAGUUUAUUUUUCCCUUUCUAAUUUUUUUUGUUUUGUAGUAGUAAGAUGUGACUGCUGAAUGCUGAAAGAACUUGGUUGGUAGAGAAACCAACAAAAAGCUGAGAGAAAUAAGACUGAUAGUGCAUUAACAAGAGUUUAAAGGGAUUAAAAAUGAAUAUUCACUCUAAAUGUAAGCAAGAUAAGUCUAGCUGUAAGAAAACAAACACAAAAAGGAAUUAAUUUUUGUUGAAUGAAUUUGGAAUGUUUUGUUUAUUUAGAUUACAGAAAGUAACAUUCUCCUUUAAGCUGAGACAUCUUAUCUGUGAAAAAAACCUUCUACGGCUACUAUAUGGAACCACUAAUUCCAGCCAUACCAGAAGCAGUGUGUGUGUGUGUGUGUGUUUGUGCAUCCAUGCAUGUGAGC